AUGAAAACCCUCAACUCAAGUCAAUUUCGAAGCCCACCGAUCCAGCGCUCUUACAGACGCUAUAGGCCGCAUCCCUAUCCAGGGCCCGCGUUUUUAGAUGAAGAGGAGGAUCAGCCUUAUGCUUUACGCCGUGAAGAUGAAAUUUGGAUUCUUAUGAUGGUUCAAGCUCAAGUUGAUCAUGUCCACCAGAGUGAAGCUCGACGUCGACAACCUGAACCUGCUUUUGGCGACGAUCUUGAGCUUAGGGACCUUGUCAAUCAGAUGAAUGUGAUGGUUGGUAUUCUGAUCAUUCACGCGAUCCUGAGUUUGCUUAUUCACGUUAAGUCUCUAUAA